AGGGCUUCGCACAGUUCGUGCACCGAAUGAAUGCGUUUACCGUGCAGUGGUUCUCCCUUGAGUACUUCCGUUAGGUUGACAAAGUGACAAGUUGAGAGUGCAGGGUUUGUAGUUUUGGUGAUGUCGGCACUACUCAGCGUUACCUGACUGACCUUGUGACCUGGAUCCAGCCCACUCGGCCUGCAAAGGAAAAUUCGGUGUGGGGUGGGUGAGCCAAGUUAGCAAGAAAAGAUGCUGAAAGCUCAAACUCAAAUACCUUUCUUAAUUGACUGAUGUCUGUUUAUUUCAACAGUGUUUCCGUUCACUCUAAAAAGAAACACAAGCGAGAAGAGGAUGAUGAUGAUUGUCCAGAAAGAAAGAAAAGACUGACUGAAGCAGAGCUCUGUCCUAGCCCUGAUGACUGGAUUCUUUGUACACAUCCGGACGUAGAGAGUCGCAGAGUAAACCCAUGCAGUGGUGGGCUUCCUGUACCUGGCAUGUUAGAUGCCAUUUGUGAAGAGAUGGAUCAGACAACUGGAGAACCACAGUGUGAGGUUGCCCGAAGGAGGCUACAGGAGAUUGAGGACAGGAUAAUUGAUGAAGAUGAAGAAGUUGAAGCUGAAAGACAUGUUAACCAUCUUCCCAGCCUUGUCCUUUCUGACACCAUGAAAACAGGUUUGAAGCAAGAAUUUGAUGAAGUCUUUACAAAGAAGAUGAUUGAGUCUAUGAGUCGUCCUUCCAUGGAACUUGUGCUCUGGAAACCUCUCCCUGAACUCCUUUCCGAUAAGCCAAAGCCAUCAUCUAAUGUUAAAAACUUCAUGGGAGAGAGCCAAACUAGGCAUGCAGCUGCUGGCACUGCCUUCCCACAGAGAACUGAACUGUUCUUGGAACCUCCACAGACAGGGGUGCCUCUUUACAGUAGUCUGGACACAGCUGCUAGCACAGAAGAAGAGAUGGAACUCUAGAAACCAGUUUCUGUACUAAAUUUGUCAAAAUUUAAAAGGCUGUCAUGUUCAGUAAUGAGCCUACUCUGCAUAGUGUCGGGACUUGAAGGUUUUAUGAAAUGGAUGUCAUGAUACAUCCAUCCGUGAUUUGCGGUGGGACUCCCAUGUCGGGUAGACGUGUAUUGAAGUCACCUUUUGCCAUGGAAGUGUGUCUCAAGAGGAAAACAGUUUUCUGGCAGAUUUCCAAGAGAAUUUUAGGCUAUAGUCUUUUCAAAGGCAAGUAUAGAAGUGGCCAUUGUAAGAGUGACUUAAGUCAUCUAUCACCGUGUUUAAGCCGUUCAUACACUUAGAACACUCUUAAGAUGAAAAAGAUGAUUAAGGAAGAAGGAUGCUCCUAACCACCAGUGUACCCUGGGGGUCACAGCUUGAGACUCAACUGUUUAUGGUGGUGACUGUGAUUGGGAAGCCGGAGGGAAGAAAGCAGUAGUUUAAGCCUGUUUCUAAGGAAUUUAACUGAGGUCAUGAAACUUGUGUAUCAGUUGUUCAAAAUAGCUGUAUUGAUAAAAUAGCCAGUGGUAUUGUGGUUCUCCUCUAUCGCAGAAAAUGCAACAAAAAUACAAAGAAAAGAUUUUUUUUUCUCAAGGCUUUUUUGCCUUGUGCUACUUUUGCUUGUUGAUCUCCCUCCCAUAAUUGAUAACCCUGGUUUUUCGGCGAUGUUUACAGCUUUAACUUUGAGUGCUAGUUUAAAGAUUAUGAGGCGACCCAUCUGCCUGUGGGAGAAGCACCCUUUAAGUACUGUGCCGUGUCAGCAGAACCCAGCAAUGACAACAUCUGUUGUUUAAAAAGGAGAGGUUGUACCCGUGUUAGCAAGUUGUUUUUAAAUGUUAAUGUGGAAAACUGAUUAACUGCUAAUGUAAAGGAGGUGACAUUGAGAUUACUGUGAUAGCCAGUUUGGUGUUUAUACUGUUGUGCAGUAAGCCUAAAAAAUUAGUAAAGCAUAGCUACCUGCCAGGACGAAUCACUGCCUUUUGAAUACUUAAUCCAGGCUCGAGAUGUCUUGGGAAUAACUGGGAUUAAAGUUUUUUAAUUUCUCAGGAAGAGCCCUUCUGUGUGUCAACCAUUCAUAGUACAGAUGUAGUGACAGUUCCUUUAUUGCUACAGAACAUCCAGUAUAAGUUAUUAAAUGAGUACACGAUUGUAAGAUCACCAUAAUAUUAUAGGAGACCACCCAGUUUUUUUUUCUGGGUUUCUUCCUCUAGGAGGCAGAUACUUUUUGUAGGAGGGAAAAAUGGUUUAUGCCAAGUAAGGUGAAUAUUUGGAAAGCCAGCUUCCAGGCAGUUUUGAACCUAUGUUGAAAUCCCUCCCUUUGUUACAGAUGAUGUAGAAUCACAGGUCUGUUAAUUGGACUGUUUCUUCUCUAGCCUGUUGUUUCUGCUUUCUUCAUUUCUGUCUGGAUAGUCAGGAAAAGAUUUAAUGUUUAAUAUUUAAACAAAAUAAUGUCUACACAGUAAAAUUAUUCAAACUUCAAACCAGUAUUGAAUCCAGUUGGAAACCAGCUAAUAGUUUCUUAAUCUCAGACCUAGAGAUGAAUGUAAACUGUAUUAUGUUGAAAUGUGCAAGUGUUUGAUUCAUGCCAUUUGAAAAACUGCCUUGAGGUCAUUGUUUAAUGGGACCAACUUGUAAAGUUUAUAGCCUUAAGUCUUUGUGUUAAAAAGUUUUAGUACAACUCAAAAACAUAAUGGGACUGCCUAGAGUUUGAGUUUCGUCCCAGUGCUGCGGAGGAAAGGGAGAUGGCAGCUUUCCAAAGAAAGACCUGUAGCACAUUAAGAGAUCUUCUAUCUUCUGUAUAAAUUGUUGGCCUCUGAUCAGAGAUCUGUAUUAUAAAAAGGAAAAGAUAGCCCUAAAACAAGACUGAUACAGGGGAUAAUCUAGGGCAAAAUUAGGAGUAUGUUUAUUACAAUCCAAAAUCCCCCAUUUGUUUCAGGGAUUAUCUGACAGAAUCAUUAUUUCUGCAGGAAAAUAAACGUUGAAUGCUCCUUUUUGGACUACUAUCUUCUGGCAUACAUUUUACACAAAUUUUCUUCAUCCUUGUGGUGCUUUUUCAUCUGAGCCAUCUCAACAGUCCCAGCGUCCUUUUUUUUUCUUUUUUUUUCUGUAUAAGGCUUUUGUUUUUGCCUUAAGGUUUCCCUAGGAAAUUAACAGCUCUUUUCAUUUUGUACAGUUUUUGCAUCAUGGAUCAAACAUUGGCUUAAUAUAGUAGUGUAUAAAGAAAAAAACUUAAGCAGGUAAGCUUUAAAGAACAAAUGCAUAUUUUCUCUGAGUUUGAGUAGGAUAUACUUGUUUUUUUUGUUUCUGAUAUGAAUAAGUCCAUUUUUCACAAAUAUUAAAUCAUUUUUUGAAAAUGUUACCCAUUUUUGAAAAGUUACAAAUGUAAAAUAUAGAAAAGUAAUUAGGGUAGGGCUUAGAACCAUGAGAAAAAUGUUUACUGGCAGGUCCAUUUAUUACUUUGGAACUUUUUUUGUAAUAGUGACAAGAAUGGUUGCAGGGCUAGGGAAGUUCUGGGAGAUGCUGUCAGUUUUACUUUAAAAUGAGAACCUGGUGUUUCUGUAUUUUAUCAUUU